UUCGCCCAAUACCGAAAGAAACGUCACUAAUAUGCGGAAAAAAGUAUUAUUUAAUUAAAACUAUUAAUUCGGGUGCCCAAAAAAAAAAUUGAGGUCGAGUUGAAUGAUGACCAUUUGCGUCUUCAAUUCCGAUCGCUGAAGCUUAAAACCGAAAACGACAAAACUAAAUGUGUGUCGGUUUCUCGCCAGCAGGAUGAAAAAACUAUUUUCAAAAAUCGAGACGAAAAUCGACAACACUUCCAAGGAAAGCAGCACGGUAGUGGGCAAAGUGUUUACUGUCGGCCGACAAACUGUGACCGUCGAGGAAGUGUUGGCAGAAGGUGGUUUCGCCAUCGUCUACCUCGUGAAGGGCAACAACGGCGUUCGCUAUGCUCUUAAACGAAUGUACGUCAAUAAUGAGCAAGACCUUAAUGUCGCCAAACGCGAAAUUCAGAUAACUAGUAGCUUGAACGGGCACAAAAAUAUAAUUGGCUAUGUGGAUUCUAGUUUAACUGCAACUGGCGGCGGGGUCUAUGAAGUGCUUCUCCUGAUGCCUUAUUGUUCUGAUAAUGUUUUCAGUCUGAUGAAAGCCCGUGGCAAGCCCAAUUUUACAGAGGGCGAAGUUCUAACCAUAUUCUGUGAUAUUUGCGAAGCGGUGUCCCGGUUGCAUCACUGCAAAACUCCCAUUAUUCAUAGAGAUUUAAAAGUAGAAAAUAUUUUGGUAGGGGACAAUGGUAACUAUGUGCUGUGUGACUUUGGUUCGGCCACUGCGCGGGUACUGAAUCCGACUGACAAGGGGGUCGCUGUAGUAGAAGAAGAAAUCAAGAGAUACACGACUUUGAGCUACAGAUCACCUGAAAUGGUGGACAUGUAUUGCGGCAAGCCGAUAUCGACAAAAGCCGAUAUUUGGGCCCUAGGUUGCCUGUUAUACAGGCUUUGUUAUUUCUCUCUACCUUUUGGGGAAAGUACAUUGGCAAUUCAAAGUGGAAACUUUUUCAUUCCAGACAACUCUCGGUAUUCCAGGGGCGUGCAUCAGCUCAUUUGUUUUAUGUUGGAGCCUGAUCCUGAUAAACGUCCGGAUAUAUAUCAAGUCAGUUGCGUAGCGUUUCAAUUGCUAGGAAAGGAAAACCCGGUUAAAAACUUAAUGAAAUCCCCGACGCCUAACCUAGAAGAUCUGCCCGUGCCUCUGUUCGAAUCCGAACACAAGAAAGCGAUUCAAAUCAAGCCGGGCCUAAACAAAUCCUCGACCGUCAUGCCCCCCGCGGUGGAGGGGACGAGCGUGAUGCCGCGGCAACGUCCCAAGGGAACCGCGGCGGCACCCCUCACCUUGAACAGUAUCCCGUUGACGAUCAGUCCAAGUCCCGGCUCGAAAAAGUCCCAGAGCCCCAUCGCGACCGUAUCUGCCCCAGGUAGCGGCGUUUCUUACGGUUCCGCCUUUCCGACACCUACCAGCUUUCCCGGUGAUUAUUUUCCGCAAACGCAGCAACCGUUCGAUGCCCUUUUCCAGUCGUCCAUCUAUCCCGAUCCUUUCCGAGAUGACCCGUCGUCAGGGUCGCCCGCGGAGGCGGUAGUCAAUGUGACGUCACCCGGAUCCGGAGAGAACCAGCUGUUCGGAUCCGGUAACCUGGGACGUCAGUCGUCCGGAUCGGGGUUUACAGAGUCGACGAACUUUAUAUCUACAACUACACCUCCGUCGUCCCCGACGCUGUCGGUCCCGAAAGGUCACAGGAGAAACAUGAGCGAUACCACUGCUUUCAACAAGGUAUUCGCAAGUGAAACGACCCUAUUCUUGGCCCCGUUCGAGUCGUCCAUUAAGCCAAGACCCCGCGAUUCCCCUACCCAAGCUUGUACCAACGAAGUUACGAAACAGAUGGCGCCAAUGGGCAGCUCCGCCUCUACGACCGACGUGAGUCAGCCGUUGGGCGCAGACAGCAGAUCUCUUUCGGCUGACGUGGCGGAUUGGAACCCGUUUGAGGAACCCUCCUCGUUUGGUCACUUAACAGAGGACCAUAUUUUUGGCGCGGAAUUUGACCGGAUCAGAAGGGGCAGUCAGAGCAGUAUUCAAGGGACGAUGUCGACGGGAGAGCAGCCGGUUAUAGAGGACCCGUUCGGUGGGGCACCUUUCAGCCUGCCGGCGCGGCCACGCGGCAAGCCGUCAAAGGCGCGGUUGCAGUCCUCAGCUUACGCGGCGAAAAACGUUCCGGAACCUCUAAUAGAGGAAAGCGCGACCGACAAUUAUUCGCCGGAAAGGCAGGUCUUCUCGUCGGAGGGCGAAGCCCCCCUAAUAACGACCGAGACCGAGAGCGACCUAGACACGUCCCCGUCGUACGUAAAACCUCCCUUGGAGAAUAGGUCCAAAUACGAGAAACUCAUCCAAGGCGUAUACGACGCCAGUUCGGAUAGUAGCGACCACGAAAACGCUAAUAAUAAACCGAAAAAGAAACGCAAAGCGAAUAUCACGGAAAAGUCGCUUGUCAAGGGUUCCCACCCGAAAGGGGUGGAGUCGGACGACGAUUCCAUAGGUUCGGCGAGCGAUUUGAGGUUAGACGAUGACAUAGUGCCGGCUCCGAUACUUACCGGCGAGACCGUGAGUCAGAGUAUAAAAACCUGCGGGUCGUCUGCGUAUCACGCGGAAUGCGAAAGUAUGGCAGCUCCGGACGAGGAUAGUGACGGUAGAAUGAUUAAGGCAAAACAAAAGCGCGGCGUCAAAAUGGCGGCCGCGCCGUCGGAGGAUAUGCUGUUUAUUGGACACCAGUAUGGCGAUCGACCUUUGCUAAUGGACGACGAGCUGGAUUCCGAUUGCGAGGUCCAAACCGGACCGAAAUGGUCCAAGGACAAAGGUCCGACGGCGGGUUUGUGGAUACCGCCUUCGAGUAGCUUUGAAGAUCACGCGGACGUGUUCGCGAUGGCGCCGUUCGGUAGAACGAGGACCAGGAAGGUCAACCAAAAGCCAAAACUCGCAGCCAAGACUUGCUUAAAUCCGUUUCUAUCGCCGGACUUUCAUACCAGCGACCAACUAGUGGACGUUCCGCCCACUAUUAGCUCGAAUAUCAGCGUGCAUAAAACACCAUCUCUGAAUUUCGAAUCUAAUUUUAACAAUUGCAAUACUUUGAUCGUCUCGGAUCCGGGUUUUAAGUUCCCCGCGUUGGAAGAGUAUGCGAAACUCAAAAAGGAUAAGAGAAAAGAUAAAGAGCAGAAAUCCAAAUACUGCCUAAUGGAUGACAGUGUCUCGGACGAGACCAGUAAUCUGACUUCCCCAAAGCUUAUAAGGAUUGCGAAAACGUCCGGCGGCUCGAAGAAAUCGAGCCAAAAAUCGAAGAGAACGCCAACGAAAUUGAGGCUGGAUGAGGGAUUUAGCAACAUGAGCUUCGAAGACUUUCCCUCCGACGAUCGGGAGGUUAUCCACGACUCGGAACUGCCAUUUGAGGUGGUCCGCAGCCCAGAGCAGGAGGAUGGAAGACGCCCGAUAGACGUUAAAAGAAAAGCGAACCCGUUCUAUCAUAAUGUUUGAUUUAUGUCCCCUCCAGAGAUUCGUCUUCGGUUUUGGUAAGGAAAAAUGGCUGUAAUCGUUUAAUACGGAUGUAUAGGAUUUAGGAGAGAAAAUAGUUUUUCUAUAUAGAGUAUAUCAUAGAGUAUUUUUAACUCACCGUUGCAGACUAUCCCAGCUUAAAUAGGACGCUGUUGUAGCGAAAACUUUUUUUUUGUUUCGACAGGUUUAUAUUUUUCACGUUUAUGCUUAUUAUUUCUCAAAUCGAUCGAUUCCUUCUUAUCCCAGCAGUAUUAUUAACACUGAAAUUGUGAUUACAAAUAUACUAUUUUCACUCAACUGGCAUCUUUACAUUUUCGUUCUAUCCUACGCAAUCGAUGCACCCUCGUAUGCGCCAUCAGGACACCGCUAUAGCAUACGAAAGAGCGUAAGUGUAAAGCUACCUAUUCCACAAAAAUAUAUUUAUGACCGCGUCAUUUAAGAAUUGACGUUAUGUUAAUUGAAAUUGCCUUGAAAUGUAAUUUUGUAAUAAGAUUUAUUUAAAAAUAAAGAUAUAUAUACACCAUGUACGUUAUUGAAAAUAAUGUUGAUUGUAACUUUUUUCUCGCUUUCUAAUACUGUUAUUUCUUCGCAUAGAGCUUUAACACAAAACUGCUGCAGUGAAUAUUGUGUGCCUCGUUUGCGCUUUAAUAUGCAGGGUGUUUUAAAAAUGGCAUGGCAUUAUUUAAUGAGCAAAUCUCGUCACCAGCCUGGGCACGAAAUGAGCAUUUUGUUGGUGAAAUUUGGAUAGAGGUUCCAUCUUCUGUCCCAGGUUGAAAAUCAUCAUGGCAAUCUUGUUGACAGCCGCUCUAAAUAGCUCAGCUGCUGCAGCCGAACCAGUCCCUAAUCACCAAGUUUCCUCUUUUUGAUUUUUAUAAGAAUUUCCGACUCACAUCUCAUCCUUUUGAGAUCAUUUCUGUCCAUGAUAUCUGCAAAAUCCUUCUGUAAUACCAGAGGUCAAACACAAGUCCGUGUUGGUAAAGAACUUUUCAAGCCUAACAAACGCUGAUCGUGCAGUUUCAAUUCAUAAUUUUAUUUCUUUGGUCUGAUCUACGUUUGAAGUUAUUCCCAAGUACUUGUACGAGUCCACUCUUUCAAUGUUCAUGUUGUUUACUACUAUAUAGAUAUUUAUGCUUGGUGAUUUAGUAAUGAUCAUAAAUUUAGUUUUGUUAAGGUGGAUCUUUGGACCAUAUUCAUUGCAGCAUGUAUUUAUUCGAUUCAUUAGGUUUUGCAAGUUGACGAUGCUAUCUAAAAAAGUAUUAACACUGGCCGGCCACUUUGUUCUGUAAUAUGGAUUGGUGAUAAUACUGACGAAAUUUGUUUCCUCAGUAGUCUUUAGAAUCCAUUUAUACUUUAGAAGAUAAGAUUUUAUCUAACUUCAACUUUGGGGUUCAAAAAUAUUAAGGGGUGUCACACUCCUUUUGCCUUGGUUCUGUUAUGGAUUUUUGUUGAAAUCAGUUGGUACAAACAACAAAGUAAAAAACUAUUGUUAUAAAUAUAAAUUUAAUACUAGACCUAUCUUAGCUAAGUACACUUGGCAAUAAUUGCUUAAACUGGCAAUUAAACAAAAAAGGUGAUAUUGACAAAUUGGUGCUUAUAAAACACUAAAUAAAUGGCAAGAUUCCAGCAUCUUCCCCCAUUACUAAAAAUUUAGUGAUUAAUGCUAGAAUUUUGCAAAUAAAUCU